AAAUGUUGGAGAAUGGCAAAAUUAUUACCUCGUACCAUCGAUUGUUGUGAAAUCGUGUUUUUUCUCGUAUGUUAUCACGGAUAGAGAUAGAGAUACGAUUGCAGAAUGAUUCUAUAAUUUCGGUGUAAUAAAUUCGAUACGAAGUUUUUGUGAUUCGAUGCAAAAGUCAACUUUAUCAAUUUCACCAAAAUUUUGACUGCGAGUGUUUUCCUUUAUGACGGUUUGUUUAGGUCGUGUUUCGAAAAACCAAAACUUAUGUGUUUCUUAGUUAAGAAAAUAAGAUAGUGAAAUCUAAUGCCGAGCAGUUGAAAUAUGGCUGAGCCCGUGUUAUUACCAUACGAUCCUCGAGUCGAUAGUUUCAGCAGCAGGAGACUGGAAACCGAAUCCGGCCAAACGAUUUCAUUCGAAGAAGCCUCCGAAAACUCGUAUUAUGUGGAAAAAGCCCUUCAAGUGCCACCCAGCAACGUUCCGAUAGAAUUCACGAUGUUUGUCUUACGUAAAAUGGCAGUCCAUAAAGAAGAUUUCCGCAGUUUUAAGUACGCCCUUCCUUCAGAAGCUCUCGAAUAUUUACAAAAGCUGAUUGGAAAUCAUCAUCCUGACGAGGACUCGGUUCAUCCUGAAAAUACUCGUGAAACCCCCAGCUGUUUUCGCGGAGCUUUCGUCCAAAUAUUCUGCAAAAAAGUCAUCAGCAACCUUAGUGUCAACAACCAGGAGGAUAACUUUUACGAUACAUUAGCCGCUGUAUUUCCGUUCCAAGUUUCCGCUCACGUUCCUCGAUAUAAGAUGAAAAUAUUGCAGAAAUUUGACAGCACUUUUUACAGAGAAAUACGAAGAUUUUUAGCAAUGCAUUUCGAUACGAUCAACGAAGCGAAGAUAGUCGAGCUUUUCUUGCUAAAUAUUCGUAAUUUUAUAUCGAAUCAUUUCUCAGCCGAAUCACUGCUGGCUAGAUUAGAGAAUCCGGAAGGCGAACACGACGAUUAUUUGAGUACUUUUCAUCGACUUAAUGCCGAAGGAAUCGAAUGGUUUGGAUUUCUCUACCAAGAGUUCGUCGGUGCGGCGCAAAGCUAUGGAUUUCAUGUUAGCGAAUUUUACGACAAUUGCGACGACGAAUAUUUCCUCAGAUUACCGGAACGAAAUUUCGCCGAUUUGUAUUCUUUCUUCGAUGCGGAAUUUUUCGAUAAUCAUCGAUCGAUUUACACGAGGAGGUUUAAGAAAUACCUGUUCUUUUUCAUCCACGCUUUGGAAGCUGAUUAUAUAAAUCCGGUGUUCUUCAUCGAUGACCUGUUAUUCGAAAGUAUGAAAAGUUUACGAAGAUAUAAAACCGUCAAAGAAGAUAUCUCGAUGAAACACGAUUUAGUUAGGAUAACGAUGCUGCAUUACAGAAUGAAGUUAUUUUCGAUCACAUCGAGCAGAAGUGCUUUUUCCUUAAGUGAUACGGUAUUGAACCGAAUUAGAGAAUAUAUUUCGAAUCGUAUCAUCGCGAGAAAUCCUCGACUGAAUGUCAAAUAUGAAACUGAGUUGAUAGCUUGGACACCUUUUCGAACCAAUGAUGCUUGUUUCAACGUACGCUACAGUAGAAAAAUACGUAUAGCGAAGUUCUUAGAAAGGUUGUUAUUUUGUGCCCUGUGCCCUGACGAAGAACCUGUCAAUUGUAUAAUUACGUAUAACGCUUUCCAAGGAAAAGAAUAUCGAAUUGAUUUACCCAACGGAGUUGAAUUUGUUGUGAGGAAUUUUAUACGUUUGUGCAAUACGCGCAGUUUCGUUGACCUGCCUUUUGAACCGAGACGAAAUACUAAUGAAUAUAAUUUGAGUAUUUUUUUGCCUGCUGAAGAGAAGAAAGGCGUUUCUGUCAUCGUUAUGUAUAAACAGAUUUUGUACUUGAUUUUUAUAUGCAUGAGUAUGAGUAUUGUUUUUGUUAUUUUGUACUUUUCUUAAAACUUGAUUGAUAUAUUACCUACUUAUGUUUUGUUGAUUUUUUUUUGUGUUCUCUAUAUAUCGUUGUACUUACCCUAGUUGGUGAUUUUUAUAACUUUGAAUUAAACUUGUCUUUGUUUUGUACUAGA